CAGAACUCAGAAUCUUCUCACUGUAACGCAUCUGGACUUAACAUCUUCAGUCAACAUGCCUUACAACUACAGCUCUGGAAACUUCUCCUCCCGCUCCCAAGGGGCUUACCUGUGCAACCGACGCUCCCACAGUGGCUCUUCUUCCCCCAGCAAUUUAGUCUACAGCAUUGACUUUUGCUCUCCCAGAACACGCAGCCUGGGAUCUUCUCUCUACAGAGAUUAUCAAGAGUCCUGCUACAAGCCUUUUAGCUGCCAGAGCUCCUCUGCGGUGUUCAGACCCUGCCAGAUGUCCUGUUACCGUCCAAGGAGGUCACCAUUGUGCAGUCCCCACCAGAUGACUUCUACAGGGUUUCUGGACUUUGGAUCCAGCAGCUGCCCUUCCCUGGACUAUGGAUCCAGAUGCCAUUACACUCUGCACCGUGGAUCCAGUGAUUUCAGACCCCUGUGGCAUGGCUUCCCUAUUCAAGGCUUUGGAUCCCGAUUCUGCCAUCCAAAUUACCUGACUUCUAGGAACUGCCACUCUUCUUGUUACAGACCAAUCUAUGGAUUGGGCUUCUAUCAACCAGCCUGUUAA